CUUCGUAUCAUUGAACUAAGAGAGAGACUAGGGUUAGGGUUUAUGAGUUGUGUUAUCUUGCUUUCAACAUUUACAUCAAUUUUUCCACUCGUUCCCACUUCGCACUCACUCUCGUUUCGAACAAUGCCUAAGCAAAUACACGAGAUUAAGGAUUUCCUUCUCACUGCUCGAAGGAAGGAUGCGAGGUCGGUGAAAAUCAAGAGGAGCAAGGAUGUGGUUAAGUUCAAGGUCAGGUGUUCCAAGUACCUUUACACACUCUGUGUUUUUGACGUAGAGAAAGCUGAUAAAUUGAAGCAAUCACUUCCUCCAGGUUUGAAUGUUCAAGACCUGUAAAGUAAAGGUACUGGGUGAGAAACCAAGAAGACUAGGAGAGGCCUUUGUUUCGUUCUUGUGAUAUUUGUUUCUCUGUAAUUGAAGUUUGAUAUUUUGAGUUGGUAUUGAAUCGAGGUCGUAGCUAGGAAAUGAUUUUGGUAAUGAAAAAUGAAAUAUUUUUAUAUCUUAUGGAAUAAUUUAUUGCCGCCUGACUUAAAGCUCGAAUUUAUCUUCUAUUUUAUUUUA